GAUCCAACUUUAGCUGUGUCCUUAUCCGUUUAGUAAGAAGCCGUGCGCGCGCACGUCCUGACUCCUCGAGCGUGGUCCUGAUGCUAGUUCUCGGGGACGCGCGUUACGUCACCACUCGCUGCGUGGGUCACCUCGCUGCCCGCAUCCAGCGACAGGCUCUGCAUCCUUUCGCGUGGGCGAGCGCGUGCUGUCCACCUUGCGCUGGCGGAGAGUUGCAAGAAUGGCCGAGAGCGAGGCAGACACGCCGAGCACACCGAUCGAGUUUGAGAGUAAAUACUUCGAGUUUGAUGGAGUGCGGCUGCCGCCCUUCUGCAGAGGGAAGAUGGAGGACAUCUCCAACUUCUCCCUGAGAAGUAGCGACAUAUGGAUUGUUACCUACCCGAAAUCAGCCGAAAUGGGUUUUAGAGUCCACUCACAGCAUUUUACAGUCUGCAGGUUGUUUCAUAAUCACCUGCCAGCAAGAACCAGUCUGCUGCAGGAAGUUGUGUUUCUAGUGAGUCAGGGAGCAGACCCUGAUGAGAUUGGCCUUAUGAACAUCGAUGAGCAGCUACCUGUCAUAGAAUACCCUCAGCCUGGGCUGGAUGUCAUACAGGAGCUGACCUCUCCUCGCUUGAUAAAAAGCCAUCUACCCUACCGAUUUCUCCCUACAGCUAUGCACAACGGAGAGGCCAAGGUUAUCUACAUGGCCAGGAACCCCAAAGACCUGGUGGUGUCCUACUAUCAGUUCCACCGCUCUCUCAGGACCAUGAGCUACCGUGGAACUUUUCAGGAAUUCUGUCGGCGCUUCAUGAAUGAUAAAUUAGCUUAUGGUUCCUGGUUUGAACAUGUUCAGGAAUUUUGGGAGCAUCGUUUGGACUCCAAUGUCCUCUUCCUGAAAUAUGAAGACAUGUUCAAGAACCUGGGGACGAUGGUGGAGCAUCUGGCCCGGUUCCUCGGUGUUUCCUGUGAUAAAACUCAGCUGGAAGUUCUGGUGGAAAACUGCAACCAACUGAUUGAGCAAUGCUGCAAAUCUGAGGCACUGUCUAUCUCUAGCUGUCGUGUGGGUGUGUGGAGGGACGUCUUCACUGUGUCCAUGAAUGAGACAUUUGAUGCUUAUUACAGACAGAAGAUGGCCAAAUCUGACCUAAGCUUUGACUUCUGCCUGUGAGGACAGCUGUACCUCUCUCACCAAAGACUCUCACUCCCUUGAUACCACUGAUCUCUAUAAGUGAUCAUAUCUUGUAGAGAUAUGAUCUGCAUUUCCAUCAGCUCAAUCAGUCUGAAGUUUAACUGUGCAGUCUGAGAGUAGAUUGACCUUCUAAAAAGGUUCCACAGAAAUCACACUUUCAACCAAACAGAAAUCACUGUGUAACUUCUAAAAUAUCAAUGAUCAGUUCCAAAAUUCACUAUAUUUGUUGAGGCUGCUGUGUACAUUUGGGUUACUGUGGAAACAAGCAGGUUCUACAAACCACAGAAAGCAAGAAGUAUUUGGAUCAUGCAGUAUUUACAUCUACUUCCUUUCCACUUGGAAGCAGAUAGUUUCUAACUUCCAGCUGGACUCUGGCCUUGUUCCAGAGACUGUUUGGUUUAAUAAACAAGACAAAUCACAUUGUGUUCAACAUCCACAAAAAUGGUGUCAGGACUGCAAUAUUUCCAAUGUUAUUGCUUCUUUAAUGUACACAUACGAAUGUGUAGUUGUACUGUUACAUUCAGCAGAUGUGAGUCAACAUUCACUGACAUCUCAGGAAUUUGACAGUUGUGAGCUUUCUUCUGAGAGUUGACUCUGUCUCCAUUCCAAUUCUCCUGUCUUUAUCUUCUUCCACAGUCCUUAGGUGAACUGUGCUGUGCAAACUAAUUUUCACUGCUUAGAGUCUAGCACAUUACAAAAAUUCAGUAUAUUCUUAACAGAAAUGAAGGACAUUUGUUGGGUUUAUUGUUUAUCUUGAAACAAUGUUUCUUGGCAAUAGAUCUUAAACCACUGAAAUGUCUUCGUCAUUUAUAUAUAUGUAUAUUUUAGGAUUCAUUUUAAAAUUCUUAUGUUUGUUUUUAAAUCACUACAUAAUCUUGCCCCGGCUUACCUCUCUGAGCUUCUUCACCCAUACAUACCUUAUCGGCCUCUUAGGUCCGCAGAUCAGCUGCUUUUGGAGGUACCGAGAUCAAGAAGGAAGCUCAGAGGGGACAGGGCUUUCUCUGUCAUGGGCCCCA